AUGAUAUCGAUUUCCGUUUUCUAUGGUAUUGUGAGUUCUAACUAUACAGAGCUGGACACCGAAUCAGGUGGGUCAUCACCAUUUCCUCCGCUAGACACCGAAUCAGGUGGGUCUUCUCCAUUUCCUCCUUUGAACACCGAAUCAGGUUGGACUUCUCCAUUUUCUCCUGUAGGUUACAUAGAGGGCAUGUGGGUUGAGUGUAUACUCCCAAUCUGUGAUAGUGUUUUGCGAGACAAUCGUGUCCAUCGGCAACCGUGUCAGUCUAAACUCAGCAACGGCUUCGAUUCUUGGCCAAAGUCUAAACUCAGCAACGGCUUCGAUUCUUGGCCAUUACGUAGUCUAAACUCAGCAACAGAUUCCAUUCUUGGCCAUGGUAGUCUAAACUCAGCAACGGCUUCGAUUCUUGGUAACCGUGUCAGGUACGUAGUCUAA